UGAAUGAUGACAGGACUAGGUAACCAACCGAACACACCAAGAAAUCAACGAAAAGCAGUUAAGACAUGGCUGACAAAUAUCUGGCCAAGCCGUCAGGAGAAUGUUGCCUCAAAGGCACAAUCCACAAAGGUGAACCGAGGGGCAGUUAUGAGACCAUCGCGGGCGUGGAAACGUACAUCACAAAACCGCCCGAGGGGAAGGCAAAUGGCCACAUCUUACUCUACUUCCCCGACGUAUGGGGCAUGUUCAACAAUGGCCUGCUCAUCAUGGACGGCUAUGCCGAUGCAGGCUAUCUGACUCUGGGACUCGACUAUUUCCGCGGUGAUCCGGUGUGGAAGCAUCGCAAAGACAGGAAUGACAAGUCGAACCCCGACUUCGACUACGAUGCGUGGAAGCAGAAGCACACAGCCUUCGCCAACGAAGCGGUGCCCAAGUGGACCGAUGCCGUCAAGGCCGCGUACGGCAAACCAGACACCAAGUACGCCUGCGUCGGCUACUGUUUCGGAGCCCCGUAUGUCUGCGACGCGCUGGCCGACGACACCUGCCUGGCCGGUGCGUUUGCGCACCCGGCAUUCCUGAAGGAGCACCACUUCUCCAACCUGAAGAAGCCGCUCUUCCUGUCGUGCGCCGAGACAGACCACACGUUUGACACCGAGUCGCGGGCGAGGGCACUCGACAUCAUGCAGAGCGGUAACAAGCAAUACCACCUUCAGCUCUUCUCCGGCGUCCAGCACGGCUUCGCGCUGCGAGGGAACGUGGAUGACCCAUACGAACGCGAGGUCGCCCUCGUGACGGGGGCCGGGUCCCGUAUGGCGGGCGAGGUCGGCAACGGGCGCGCGGCGGCGAUCCUGCUGGCGCGGCAGGGGGCGCGGGUUGCGCUCGUGGACCGCGACGGGGGCUGGGCGCGCGACACGAAGCGCGUCAUCGACGCCGAGGGCGGGGUCGCCGAGGUCGUGGUCGCCGACGUCACGGACGAGCGGUCGUGCCGGGAGGCUGUCGCGAGGACGGUGGCGCUGUUUGGGGGGUUGCAUGUUUUGGUUAAUAUCGUCGGUGUCGGAGGCGCUAUGGGCGAUGCCACUAAGAUCGAUAUGGCGGCCUGGGAUCGAGACUUCCGGAUCAACGUCACGAGCAUGGUGCUGAUGGCACGGUACGCCAUUCCGGAGAUGAGGAAGGCCGGGCGUGGCUCGAUCGUCAACAUGUCCUCGGUCAGCGGCUUGCUCGGGGGAAAUCCGAGUCUCUUAUACCCGACGACCAAGGGUGCGAUUAUCCAGAUGACGCGGGCAAUGGCAGCCCAACACGGCCCCGAGGGCAUCCGUGUUAACUGCGUCGCGCCGGGAAUGGUCUACACCCCUAUGGUCCGCGGGAGGGGCAUGACCGACGAAAUGAGACAAGCCCGCAUCAACCAAAACUUACUCAAGGUCGAAGGCACCGCCUGGGAUGUUGGCUACGCCAUCUUAUAUCUGUGUAGUAAAGAAGCGAGGUGGAUCACUGGGCUUAUCAUGCCUGUUGACGGCGGUACGACAGCAGGCAAAGCAGACCGGCCGGCACUGAAGGCAGAUACCCUUGCAGAAAACUACACAGGUAUCCCAAACCAAGCCAAGUUAUGAAUAGGGGUAUGACUAGGUGCCACAGUUGUAUACUUCAAAAUUUAUCUGUGUGCGUCGCUCAGUUCAUGACGAGGUUUGAAUUUGUCUUUAUCUAUAUAUAUCUAAAGAGCCAUGGAUGGCCAUGUGGCUUAUGUACAUAGGCAAAGUUGAGUCUUAAAGUUGCCGUCAUUUGUGGCAAGUCGAGGAUGUAUGAAGAGGCUUCAGAUUCAUGAGUUACAGGGCUCGAGUUUAGAUUUAAAAAGGGGGAAGGUGAGGUUGUUGACUCUAUGCGACGGAAUUCCAUGGGCUUUUCAUCAUGAAGAGUAGUAAAGGAGCGAUCUACCCUCGGGUAGGUGAGCUUGCGC